AUGGAAAGACAGAGGAAGCUUGUGACGCUGGGCCUUCAGUCCAAAGAGGGUUUCCUGAGGCCAAAGGCUGGUACAACACUGCUGACCAUGGCAAGGAAUCUUCACGCGCUAUCUCUGGCAAGAGCAGAUGCCCAAGGUCGUUUAUGCUUGCCAGUAGAGAACCCAACUGUAAAUAUAGCAGAAAUUGUUGAAGAAGAUGAAAUACCCUUGAAGAAUGCAAUAGAAGCACCACUACAACCUGGGGAACUGAAAGCAGAGCCUAUCGAAUCCUAUGUUGAAGAGCUUGUGUACAAACCGCUGCAACAGGAAAAGGACGAGUCAAAAUCGGCCUCUACUACAAAAACACCGCUUCCUGCGAAACGGAGACGUGGACGACGACCCGGUUCUGGCGUUACUCCCCGACGAAGGAAGCAAAAAGAGGUAGACGGGUCUCAAGAGGCUAACGACGAUCCGAAAAUUCUCACAGUCGUGGACGUGGUCGACGGUAGGCCAGUGAGACCUCGUCGCGGCAGGACGGCGACAAGGAACAAGCUGGUCAUUGUAGGUGCUGAUGAUACAACUAGCGAUGCAUAG